AGACAGACCGCUUGAAUCCUCGGGAAAACAAGAGCCUUCACGCAGCAAGGGAUACGAGAAAUCGACGGGGAAUUCAUCACGCUGCAACGCCCCGAGAAGAGAGACCUGGUUCAGACCAACCCCCGGCCAGCUGAGGAGACAAGAAGCACACUCAAACGUGGGGGGAAGAAUCAACGUCAGCCCGGCAAAACUCUGAUCUGCAUCCCGCAAGGCUGUCACGGCCCAAAAAAACAAGGGCGUUGUUUUGCUUAUUCAACGCCCGCUCAUAGCUGCCGCCCCAACCCUCAGCUGCGUAUACGCCAGGGGAAGAAAUGGCGGACUUGGAGCCCAACUGGCGAGUCCGCUUCCUAGCAGGCCAGCCUCCCGCGAUAGUGCGGGUUCGAAAUCUCCAGACGUCCAUUGAAGGCCCAUCCGAUGCCUGGAACAGAAAAGGGAGGCCGCAGCCGCUGAGCGUCUCUGCCUCCGUCAUGCUCAAGGAGGCUUUCGACUCGUCGUCUUCUGCUGAUAGGGUGGAGACUGAUACCGUGCACUAUGGGCUUCUCAGCAAGGCGAUCUUGGCUUCACUCGAGAAGCUGAGCCAGCAGCGUCUUAACGCAGAAGGAUCCGACAACACAGCUAGAAAAAGUCAAUUUUCAAGUUUACGAGACAUUGUCAACACCAUCUGGGAGGAUCUCACCGGCCAGGAUUGCAACGGAAGGGCGCCAAAGGCGACGGAUGACGAGCCAGAGGUCAAGCCCUCGUUCUUGAAACCGUCAACGAUCCGAUGUCUUGAGCUCACCGUUCAUCUGCCCAAAGCCUCGCUGCUGGGCGGCGGCGUCAGUCUCACCAGAAUAGCUCUCUUUGGACGUGACGGCGAGUCAAGGCCUCAGCCAAGGGGUUUGAGCCUCAAGAUCCAUGACCUCAGGAUUCCUACUCUCAUCGGCGUCAACGAUAACGAGAGGGAAGCGAAGCAGGUCGUCGUUGCUACUAUUGAAAUCGACAAAUUUGACAUUGACAAAGAUAUAUUCACAAUGAUAGAAGGAGAGACAGUCAAGGUCAUGAGCCAGUCGUCAUUCGAGACUCUCGAGGCGUUGGCCAGCACUCUGGCGAAAAACCUUGCCAGCUACCUGCACUCAAAUCACACUGGAUUUACGAAUAGAAAGGGCUGGCCGAUUAAGAUUGCGCUGGAGAAGCCCAUCGCCGUGGUCCUCGCUGACGCGGCCUGCGUGCAACUGAGCGUGAAUUCAUCCGAAGUGCUUGGCGAUAUUCAAUGAGAGCCAUAAACGAAAAGAGUUCUCUUCAACACAUAACACAAGGUAACGUCAUGAUGGAGGCAAUCAUACAAAGUAUGUUGGACGGGCAGAAUUCGAGAGAUGGAGUUGGUGCUUGAUAAUCAAUACUACCAAAGAUAUCC